AUGGCAGUUUUAGUGGGGAGCUACACAAUACCCUUACUUGGAAUCACAGUCAUUAUUGCUACACUGACUUACAUCUCUUACAAGAUGCUGCAUGAUUACCUGCACAAAUGGUUUACAAUGAAGCCCAUUCCUGAGGUGGACAGAACAUAUCCCAUCGUUGGAAACGCUCUACAGUUCAAAACUAACCCAGGAGAAUUUUUUCGUCAAAUCCACGAUUUCACUCAGCAGUUCUGGAAUGAACCACUGCUGAAGAUCUGGGUCGGACCUCUGCCGUUUGUGGUCCUGUUUCAUGCUGAAACUGUUGAGGCACUUGUGGGCAGCUCAGUUCACAUUGAAAAGGGUGAAUCGUAUAGAUUCCUCCAUCCUUGGCUUGGAACUGGGCUGCUGACCAGCACUGGGCAGAAGUGGCGUCAGCGGAGGAAGAUGCUGACGCCCACCUUCCACUUCUCCAUCCUGACGGAGUUCUUGGAGGUGAUGAACGAGCAGGCGGAGAUCCUGGUGGAGAGGCUGGAGAAGCAGGCCGGGAAGGGUCCUUUCAACUGCUUCAGUCACAUCACGCUCUGUGCGCUGGACAUUAUAUGUGAGACUGCGAUGGGAAAGAAAGUUUACGCACAGAGCAAUUCUGACUCAGAAUAUGUGAAGAGUGUCUACAAGAUGAGUGAUAUCGUCAGCCGAAGACAGAGGACGCCUUGGUUUUGGCCGCAGCUCGUAUACUACACCUUCGGCGAGGGCCGGGAGCAUGACAGGACUCUGAAGGUCCUCCACUCCUUCACAUCCAAAGUGAUACGUGAAAGGGCACAAGUCAUGUCCAACACUGAAACAGACAGUGAAAACGAACAGGGUCAAAAUAAGCGAAAGGCGUUUCUGGACAUGCUUCUGAAGACCACCGAUGAAAACGGAAACCCCAUGAGUCACCAGGACAUCCAGGAGGAAGUGGACACCUUCAUGUUCGAGGGUCACGACACCACGGCCGCCGGGAUGAACUGGGCCUUACAUCUGAUUGGCUCCCACCCCGAGGUGCACCGCAAAGUUCAGCAAGAGCUGCAGGAGGUGUUUGGUUCAUCCUACCGGUCCAUCAGUACAGACGACCUGAAGAAGCUGAAAUACCUGGAGUGUGUGAUUAAGGAGUCCCUGCGACUGUUUCCCUCUGUGCCUUUCUUUGCUCGCACCCUCUGCGAGGACUGCCACAUCAAUGGUUUCAAGGUUCCCAAAGGUGCCAAUGGAAUCAUAGUGACCUAUGCCCUUCACCGCGACCCGCGGUUCUUCCCUGAGCCCGAGGAAUUCCGGCCUGAGCGCUUUCUGCCUGAGAAUUCAGUGGGAAGACCCCCGUAUGCGUACAUUCCCUUCUCAGCUGGACUCCGCAACUGCAUAGGUCAGCGUUUUGCACUGAUGGAGGAGAAAGUGGUUUUGGCUUCCAUUCUGCGCAACUUUAACAUUGAAGCUUGUCAAAAACGUGAAGAGCUUAAUCCAGUCGGAGACCUCAUCCUCCGACCGGAGAAGGGCAUCUGGAUCAAAGUGGAAAAAAGAGCCGACAGGGACUCAAAAUAA